CACAAAUCCGGACGUGCAGCCGAAAGGCUCACUUUCGCGGCGUCCCACCGGUCCAAUACCGCCAGCUGGCUCGGCCGGAAGGCGGUCGCCGCGUACCACCAGAGCCCCAGGAACUAAGGAUCCCACCCCUCUGCCGCAGGACCCCGAACCCCAAAUGAUCCUUCAGCAGCCCCUGGAGCGAGACCCGCCGAGUCCGGCCCAGGGUGACCCGCGAGCUGCCCCGGGGACGCCUCGAGGUCUGGACGCCAGGUCUCCAUCACCCUGCCUCCCUUCUGAAUAUCCCAGUCUGCCUGCCUCCUGGUCUCUCCCCAGGGAGCCCCUUCGAAAACAGUUCCUGUCUGAGGAGAAUAUGGCCACCCACUUCUCUCGACUCAGUCUUCAUAAUGACCACCCUUACUGCAGCACCCGGCUGGCUUUCUCCCCAGCUCUGCCCCGACUCAGGAGUCCUUGCUCUGAGCUGCUUCUCUGGCGCUACCCUGGAAACCUGAUCCCUGAGGCCCUCCGGCUGCUGAGGCUAGGGGACACUCCUGCCUCCCACUACCCUGCAACCCAAGCUGAGGAAAUAAUGGAGCUCUGAAUGCUGGCAGGCAGUGCACCUGCCCACCCGUCUUCUCCCCCACAAUGGGAGAACACCCCCAUGAAGGGGACAGGUGCCCUGCUUUUCCUCCAGACCAUGCCUUUGGGCACCAAGACCUUCCCCCAACAGAGCAGGACAGUGAGCCUGGGGUAGGAGGGACAAGCGGGACAGCAGCAUGGAAAGGGAGGCAUUCCCCUCCUCCAGAACUGAAUAAAGAUUGCUGAACA